CCGGUGCGGGGCGCUCACCUGGGCGGAUGGGGGUCUCCGGGGCCCGCGGGGGGCGGCGGCGGGCUGCGAGGCGGGGGCUGCCCCGGGAGAGGCUUAAAUGGGCCUGCUGGCGGCCGCCCGCGGGCCCACCAGCCACAAGCAGGGAAGGCCGGCCUGGCAGGGCCCGGAUCCGGCGCGCUGUGCUGUGCGGAGGCGCCGAGCCCGCCUUCCUGAGUCCCGCCCGCCCGCGCCACAGACACACUCCCGCGCCUGCCAGCCCGCCCGCCCGCCCGCCUGCCUCGGGGAAGGUCCUCGCCACGGGGUGAGGGUCGCAGGGGGCGACUUUUUCUCCCCUCCCCUCUCUCAUUGAUACCUGCUGUCUCUUGUGGGGUGAGGCUUAUGGGGGGCUGUGCUUGACCAUCCCCCCCACCCUUAUAGGGACCGAGCCUGCUUUAUCCUGAGCUCUCCAGGCUAUCAUGCCCAGCAAGAGUGACCACAAGGACAAGAAAACUCCCACGGAGGAUGAGGGUGGUGCUGACUUGGGCACUCGAACUCGCAAAAGGAAAGCUGAUGUCGCAAUUUUUUUACAGGAUCCCGAUGAAGAAAUUUCUGCAGUGGAAGUGUCCAAGAAGAAACAGAGUGAAAGACAGCCAUCCUCCAGGAUUGAUGCACAUAUGUUGAUCCCCACACCAGACAAAGAUGAUGAGCUUGGAAGUCCAAACUUCUCCUCUUUCAUGCAUCAAAGGCUUGUUUCAGCUAGAGCUUCACCAUUGCCUGUGUUGGGCUGGGCAACUGGGGAUGACGUAUGGAAAAACAUGGUCAACAAAGAACAGACGUAUGUGAGCGAUAAGCGAUAUAUGCAAAGGCACCCCCUCUUACAGCCUAAAAUGCGGGUCAUUCUCCUUGACUGGUUAAUGGAGGUUUGUGAGGUCUACAAACUUCACAGAGAGACAUUUUAUUUGGCACAAGACUUCUUUGACCGGUUCAUGGCAACACAACACAACGUUGUGAAGACACUUCUUCAACUUAUUGGGAUUUCAUCUUUAUUUAUUGCUGCAAAGCUUGAGGAAAUCUAUCCUCCCAAGCUGCAUCAGUUUGCAUACGUUACAGAUGGUGCUUGUACAGAAGAUGAAAUCCUUAGCAUGGAACUCAUCGUUAUGAAGGCACUUAAAUGGAAUCUGAGUCCCAUGACAGUUGUAUCCUGGCUAAACAUAUACAUGCAGGUCGCCUACCCAAGUGAUAUUUCUGAAAUGCUGCUACCACAAUAUCCCAAAACAAUAUUUGUGCAAAUAGCAGAGCUGUUGGAUCUUUGUAUUCUGGACAUUGGCUGUCUGGGAUAUACAUAUGGCAUUCUAGCUGCUUCUGCCUUGUAUCACUUCUCUUCUUGUGAGCUGAUGCAGAGGGUUUCAGGUUAUAAAUUGUGUGACAUAGAAGAGUGUGUGAAAUGGAUGGUUCCUUUUGCAUUGGCCAUACGGGAGAUGGGGAGCUCAGCGCGCAAACAUUUCAGAGGCAUUCCUGAAGAAGAUUUGCACAACAUACAAACGCACAUAAACACCUUUGAUUUGUUGGAUAAAGCUGAAGCUAAGCGGGCCGCGCUGGCUGUGAAAAACCAGGCAUCUCCUCUACCCAUUGGUGUCCUCACCCCACCCCAGAGCAAUAAGAAACUGUCUUUUACAUCUCAGCAGCUGUGACCAUUGCAAGCUGUCCAGACAAGGAUCCUUUUGGCCAAAGCGCCUCUCUUUCUCUGCCAAUUCUCGGUUCUCCUCUGCAAGGGAGGCGUCCAAUGACUGAAAAGUGUUAAGAAUUCCUAAAAAGGAAACUUUUAAACAUUUCUUUCAUUUUGGAGGGUGAUGGAAGGAAUUUGCAUUACGUGAACUGUUUUUUUAUUGAACCCGUCUUGAAAAUGAACUGAUCGAGUUCACCAGCCGCCCAAAAACAGGCGUUUGCUUGAAUUGCUGCUAAGGAAGGUGAUACUUGAUGUCGUCGUGGGUUGAGAGAAGAGGGGCUCUGCCCUCUGCUGCUUUCAAGGUUCUGAAAGUGAGAUGCGUUUUGUUUGAACUAGCUGGGGAAAGCAAGCAUCUCUUCUGACCUUGAGUUUACAGGUUGGUACAUUUUUUAAAAGAACACUUUGUGUAAGUUAUAUGAUGCGUCUUGAUUUUUAAAUAAAAUGCUGUCUGCUGGGUCUUAUGCAAAGAUGAAGUGUUUGGUGUUUUAAAAAAUUCAAAGGUAGAAGAAAGAGCAGUGGCUAGGUUCCUCUGAGAACAGCUAAGAGAAGAAGUACACGCGUUGUCGUGUUUCCAAGAUUUACAGAUUGCCUUUGGAACAGCUAACUUCCAGCAAUGGAAACUGGUAGUGCAAUAUACUGGGCUGUCUUGCAUAGCUGUGCUUGAUCCAAACUCUCCUUCAUCCUUCCCAUUUUGGAACCUUUUUUUUAAAAAAAGACGCUUCUAUAGACUCUGGAACAGUCUCCGUAUCACCCUUGCUACUGCUGUGCUUCAUGAAGCAGAAUUUGUAUGGAAACUGUAAUGGGAUUAAUUCAAUCCUAAAAGCACCCAGACAAAAGAGGCGGCGGUGCUGCUGCUGCUGCAUUUCUGCCUUAUGCACCGCUCCGGCCACACCAUCUUUCAGCUGGUUUCUGUUGAGGAUGGAUAAUCACCUGCAUCAGGUGUGAUUGGAUCGCUCGCAUUCCUACUGCAGCAGAAUUGCCUUACCUGACCACACAGAGGAAGCUGCUAGCUGUGUCUCAAGGGAGAAGGUGAGAUGGCUGAGGAGCCCGAAGAAGCGGAAGUCUUUUGUGAAGAAAGAGGAGCGAAAGGUCCCCAUCCACCCUAGCCAGCUUUCCUUUUCCCAUGAGAUGGCCAUUUCUUUACAGCCAGCUUGCUCUCUUGACGGCCAACCAGGUGCUGGGUGAGAGCAUGGAAUCUGUGGUUGAAGGUGCAGGAUUGUUGCAGAGAAUGGGCCUUUCACUUUUAUCCCUGACACGAAGCCCACAGCCCAGGGAGGCUCACAAAAUUCCUCUCCUCCAGUCUCUGGCAGCAGUUUCAGGAUGGGAACCAGCCCACCCUCCUGGAACUUAGGGAAUGGUAGUCACUGGGGAAUGGUAUUCAAAAGAGCUGCAGCUGGCUCUAAGCUACUGAGUAUCACUGUUUCAGUGUCUGCUUGAAUCUUGUCUACUCAACUGAAGGUUAUGUUAGUCAAUAAAGGUCUACCUUUCUUUUG